AUGAAUAAGACUAAGGAAGUAAUCCGUGACUUUAUCGGCAAGUCUGGUCACCAUGAUACUACCGUACACGAGUCGGUUGAGCCAGCCGUUAAGAAGGAGACCAUCAAGCCAAGGGAACAUGAGGAGGUCAACACCGCUGUGAACAAGGAAAUCCAUCAAGAUCAUUAUCACCGUACCGUACAGCCAGUUCACGAUCAAGAGAUUCUCCCCGAGCAGCACCAGCACAAAAUCGGGGCGGUCCAACAUCGAGACUAUGACCACAGGGACCACGACACUACAAAGAAGGCAUUGGCAGCUGAGAAUGAAAAGUUCAGAGAUGAACAAGUCGUCCAGGAUACUAAACACACCCAAAGUCAUGCCCCUACAGUCCAAGGCGAGCAUGUGCACCAUCAUGUCCACGAGACAGUACAGCCUGUGCUUCAUAAAGAAACAAUUCAGCCUAGUGUAGUUCAUACCACGGUACCAAUUCAUGAGACUCACCAUAACCCUGCUCAGCACCACUCUACAACCUCUUUGCCUCCGGUCAGCGCAGAAGAAUACCGACAACGCGGAGGCGCGUUAGCUGGGGAAAAGGAACGCUUUGAUGCUUUCGAAGGCGAGCCAAAGACUAUCCGAGGAACUCUCGAGACCAUGCACGAGAAGGGUAACGGUCUUAAAAACCCCCCGGAUGGUGUUUUCCACGGAGAUUUCGAUCCCCUGGAUGGAGGCCGAGACCACCAAGUGUCUGGCGGGUCAAAGACUGGUCGAACUUCUACCAAAAAUACAGAUCCCGUCAACCGCUUCAAAGAUAUGAAUUUAUCACCGCCCGCUCAAGGUUUCCCUAUCCUCCAGACUAGCUUCGAUGUACGCCCAGACUGCGGCGAGGAUAGCUACAGAGGAACAGGCCGCCUUCAAGGUCUUAAAGCUUUAAUAACGGGCGGAGACUCGGGAGUUGGAAGAUCAGUCGUCAUCGCAUAUCUCCGCGAGGGAGCUAAUGUAGCUAUCAACUAUCUUCCAGAGGAAGAGCCUGACGUGGAUGACCUUGCUGAUUUCCUGAGCGGCGAAGGAUUAUCAUUCGAGCGCAUUCCUGGAGACCUACUUAACGAGACUUUCUGCACUGAGGUGGUUCACGAGGCGGCGAAUCGUCUUGGAGGGAUUGAUAUUAUGGUUCAAAAUGCAGCAUACUCUGGGAUCCUCUCGGGCUCGAAAUGGCAACCUAUCACGAACCAAUCCACCGAACAACUCGAGCGGAUCUACCGUACCAACGUCUUCGCGAAUUUCUUCCUAGCCCGCGCGGCCGUGCCUAUACUGCCUCGAGGCGGUAGUAUAAUCUUCACUACUUCUGAUAUCGUCAACUCACCAAGUAGCACCGCGAUAGAUUAUGGCUCGAGCAAGGCUGCCAUUAGUUACAUGAUCCGCAGCCUCUCAGCGCAGCUCGCCCCCCGGGGAAUCAGGGUGAACGGCGUUGCCCCAGCCCUGAUAUAUACCCCUUUCUUAGCCAGUGCCGGCUUUACGGCGGAGGCAAUCGCUCAGGUUGCCGCAUCAAAUCCAUAUGGUCGUAUAGAGCAGCCGGGUGAGUUGGCCCCGAUAUACGUCAAUCUAGCCGACCCCUUGGAGACAUAUACGAGCGGAAACAUCUGGGCGGCUAGUGGUGGUGUGCCUGGACCAGUCUAA